AUUAUUGCACAAAUCACUUGCUCCGUAUAUGCCUCGCCAGAGAUGCGCAUAUGGGCGGGCAGCCUUACGUGAAUCCAGUUUAGACAAGACUAUUCUAACAGUUUAAAUUCAGCGUCCCAUCCCGCAUCCACUCCUUUAAAAGUCGCAGCUUUCUUUCUCAAUAGAUCGAAACAUUCGUUCGGGAUUCUUGAUCGCAGCUUUGUGCGGCCGAUCAUGGCUUCCAUAAUUAACAUCUCUUCCGCUUCAAUUGCUCCUUCUCUACCACAAGCUUCCAGCACUUUCAAAUCAUUGAAUGCGUCCCAUCCACCUGGGAAGUCAUUUCUGGUUACUCUGGACCAUAGGGCACGAUUGAGCUUCAAGGGGGAAACCAGAAUCAGAUCUGCUUUGUCAUCUCGUGAAGCAACAAGUGUCAUAUUCCAGACCAUUUUGACCAAACAUUCACGACUUUGUGACUUAUCAGUUGGGGUCGCAACACAACCAGAUGUUGUAGGUUCUUUUGGAACCCCUGUGGCAGACAUUAUCCCAACACCAAGUGGCUUUCCUUCUGAUGUUGCUGAGUUUGAUUUGGACUGGCCAUCCGAAGGGUUCUCGUCCAUCCCUGAUGCCAUUGAAGACAUUCGUCAGGGAAAGAUGGUAUUGGUUGUAGAUGAUGAAAACAGAGAAAACGAAGGAGACCUGAUAAUAUCUGCAGAAAAAGUGACACCAGAAGCUAUGGCUUUCAUUGUGAAACAUGGAACCGGAAUUGUUUGUGUAAGUAUGAUGGAAAAAGACUUGGAGCGGUUGGAGAUUCCUUUGAUGGUAAAUCACAAGGAUAACGAGGAGAAACUUUCUACAGCAUUCACUGUUUCAGUGGAUGCCAAAUUUGGAACUACAACUGGUGUAUCAGCUAGUGAUAGGGCAAAGACUAUAUUGGCUCUUGCAUCCAAAGGUUCUAAACCGCAGGAUUUUAAUCGACCUGGGCAUAUAUUUCCUUUGAAGUAUCGGGAAGGAGGGGUUCUAAAACGAGCCGGUCAUACUGAAGCAUCGGUUGAUCUUGCUGUGCUAGCUGGGUUAGAACCAGUUGCAGUUUUAUGCGAGGUUGUGGAUGAUGAUGGUUCCAUGGCUAGAUUACCUAAGCUUAUGCAAUUCGCUCAUGAUAAUAGCUUAAAGAUCAUAUCAAUUGCUGAUUUAAUCAGAUAUAGAAGGAAAAGAGACCAAUUGGUGGAACAUGCUUCUGCUGCAAAGAUACCUACCAAUUGGGGGCCUUUCAUUGCCCAUUGUUACAGAUCUGUCUUAGAUGGGAUCGAACAUAUCGCGAUGGUGAAGGGUGAGAUUGGGGACGGGAAAGAUAUUCUUGUUCGGGUGCAUUCUGAAUGCCUGACGGGAGAUAUAUUUGGUUCAGCCAGAUGUGAUUGUGGGAAUCAAUUGGCACUUGCUAUGCAACAAAUUGAGGCUGCCGGCAGGGGUGUGUUAGUUUACCUUCGAGGUCAUGAAGGAAGAGGGAUCGGGUUGGGACAUAAACUUCGUGCUUACAAUCUUCAAGAUGAUGGGCGGGACACCGUUGAAGCCAAUGAGGAACUUGGCUUACCAGUUGAUUCACGAGAGUAUGGAAUAGGUGCACAGAUACUAAGAGAUCUUGGCGUCAAAACUAUGAAGUUGAUGACAAACAACCCGGCUAAAUACAGUGGAUUGAAAGGCUAUGGUCUGGCAGUUGCUGGAAGGGUACCUCUUGUGACCCCGAUAACAAAAGACAACAAGAGAUACUUGGAAACAAAGCGUGCCAAAAUGGGACAUAUUUAUGGCAUGAACAUAAACAAUCUGGUAAGUAAAACAAACCCUGAGAAAACAUCAGUUGUAUCAGAUGACUCAAGUUUCCAGUAAGCAAGCUGAGAAACCAUUGACAGAGUUCAUUGUUUCCUCUUCCACUAUUGAAUCUCAAAAUGUAGUCUUUACACUAUUGAUUUUUUGCAACAAUAAUAUAAUCAUUUCGUGUAAAACCCGUCAUGAAAUCUCACAAAAAAUGAGUAUAUAUGUCAAAAGAAGCCACUCGUGCAUGUCCUAAUAUCUUUGUAAUGUUCGUUAGCAACGCUAAGCCGGUAACCCAAAUGGUUGAAUUGUACAUGUUGAGUAUUUGAUUUCAAGUUUAACUUCUUUGAAGCUGAA